CUUGGAUCCCACUCAACUUCGACCCGCCGAGACUGUUGACGCGAUGGAUGCUGCAACACCGCGAUUCUGGGGUGCCCAGACCUCUUACUUGAACUUUUGCGAACAGGACUAUGUCGUCACCAAGUACAUUGCUGAAUUCAUCAACACCUUAAGCAGUUUGGUUUAUGUCGUAUAUGGCUUCUAUGGCUUGUUCAACGGCCGCCAAAAUUCCCCAACCGGUCCCCGCUUGGUCUCAUACUGCGGCUUGAUCGGGGUAGGUGUUUGUUCAGGCGCAUACCAUAUGACGUUGAAAUACCACACUCAAAUGUCGGAUGAGCUGUCUAUGCAUCUCCUGACCACGCCACUUGUCUAUCGCGUCCUUACCUUCAACACCAGUCCGCAGCGGACCAAGUUGGUGGGAGUCAUCACUCUGACGCUUUUUACUAUUACCAUGGUCGCCCACAUGGUAAUGGAUGAGUUUAUCCUUCAUGCAGUAAUGUUUGGAUUGUCGGUUGUUAUCAUCACCGUCCGGAUAACACAACUUAUUCCUCAACGAUUUUCGGACCCCGUAGUUCGGAAAACUUUGCAAACCACAGCAAGAAUGGGUUGCUUGAGUUUUCUCUUUGGCUACACUCUUUGGUUAAUUGAUGAGUUCGCAUGCCGCAUGUUGACUGACGUGAGGCACCUGGUCGGUUUGCCCAUCGCGUUCCUAUUCGAACUACAUGGAUGGUGGCAUGUCUUUACUGCCCUUGGUGGCUACAUUGGUGUCGCAGUCGUUGAUCUGAUAACGUCAGGCGAGGUUGAUCAAGAUCCAAUCAGUCUUUUCGCUUGGCCAGUCCCUUUCGCAGUAGGGCUCGUAUCGGAAUCCUCAACACCAAAGAAGCAAGCAUAAAUCAAUUAGAGUUGCUUCUUAAUUAGAAUAUUAAAAGGGCGCUUUAACCUCCCAGUCCUGCUGAAGCUUGGAACUACCUGUCCAAACUAUCGCUCAUGUUGAAGACCGCCUUAGCCUAGACCGGCAGAAAGUCAAGUGUGCUGCAAUGAACACGAACAUUGAUUCUCGGGGGGUUCCCCGCUCUUUUUGUGAACCUAAUUACACAGCGCAUGCACUUGGGUAAGAGGAAAGGGUAAAUUUCCGACAAGCCGUCAGGCCCGCUUGGAUCUCACAUCAUUGUCCUUUCUGGAAAGAUUUCCUCAUCCUGUGACUACCAGUAGGCUCAUUCCAAGGCCCUGAACUCCCACUUAAGUCGUUUGACA